AUGUCGACCCAAACAAACGUCAAGGCUUCUCCUCGACACGAAGUCGUCUUCCGUUGGGGUGCCAGCCAAAUAACGAUUGGUCAGAAAAGCGGAAGGCUGAUCGUAAGCAAUGGCAGCGGGCUUCGCAGCCGUCUCUGCCGGAUCUGCGCUCCACGAAAAGGAGAAUCGACGCUGGAACUGAGGCGCCGCAGGCUGAUCCGUUCGGAACCGUCACAUCGUAGGGCAGUGUGCAGUUUCCAGGGGCAAUGCCUCCGUUCAUCGCCUGACCGCCCUUCGCCUCCCGAGUUGGCGCUGUCGUCCAACGGCAUGUGUCCCGCCAGGAAUCCCCCGAUCCUAACCAACUUGGUUACCGUAUCAAGCAUAAACACUCCUUCAGAAACCAUUGCGUUACCGACAAUGACUGCCGAAGCCAACCACGGAUCAGGCAACAAGGCCGGUCAGCCCAGCCCGCUAGAGCAGCACCAGCCGGCAACCCAGCAGACGGACCAGUACCCCAACAGCAUCUCGCUGCCCCAAACCCCCGAGACCGCCGAGCCUGUGUCCGGAUGGAAGGACAGCGACCACCCCGGCAUCGAAGUCGGCAACAUGCUCGCGGACCUUGCCAGCGGCGCGCCGAGCCCCCCGGGCCCGCACAUUCAGGUCUUGGACUCGCCGCCCCAACGUGAAAUCCGCCUGACCCCCUCACCGCCACCGGCCACCGGGCCCGGGCACACCCCCACUUGGAAGGACCGCAUCACGGUGUUGCUCGACAGCCAGGGCGGCGCGCCCAUCGGCCUAGGUUUGUCGUCGUAUCCACCGGGCACGCCGGGCGUGGCGGGCGAGCUCGCCGUCCCGGCACCUGAGGGACCGCCUCGGGACAGCCAGGAGAAGCCCGCCGGCGCUAAGAAGGACGCCGCGACCUGCGGCGGCGGACAGGCGCCGGCGGGCAAGGAGUAG